AUGGGUUCGCUUGAAAGUGUGCCGUCGCUGAAAAGGGACCACAAAUUGCUGCGUUCUUCUUCGUCCUUUAGGAACAACAACAGUAGUUUCAACAGCAGCAGGAGCAGAUCAAGAUUUGCCAGACUUGUGCUUUGCAAGAAGAUUGACUACCUGCUGUUGAUUUGUGGAGUGGCCGUGUUUUUCUUCUAUGUUUUCCUCUUCCAGAGAUUGCACCUGCCUGGCUCCGUGACGGAGGAUGGAGAUAACUCUGGAAAAUUCAAAGGAACCCAUGACUUCAUAUCGGGGGAUGAUGAGGAGAAUCUUGCGAACUUGACAUUCUUAAAAGAGUUGGACUUUGGUCAGGAUUUGAAGUUUGAGCCUUUGAAAAUCAUGGAGAAGUUUCAGAAGGGUGCUAAUGCAGUGAGAGAAAGUGUCGGUUCAGAGAAGGCUGUGAGAUUUGGGUAUAGGAAACCAAAGCUUGCCUUGGUCUGGACGGGUUCGUCAUGUUCCAGCCAUGGCCCGUUGUUGAUUUCAGAUAAUUUCAGCACUUUGGGUUUCGAAGUCGGCUUGAGAUUGCUGUACUUAACCGGCAGUGAUUCCAAUUCCUAG